CGUGGAGAUCAUGAAACGACGUCGGCUUCCUAGCAGCAGUGAGGAUUCUGACGACAAUGGCAGUCUGUCCACCUGGUCCCAGCAUUCCAGAUCUCGACAUCGGAGGACUUCAUGUUCCAGACAUGAGGAUCGAAAACCUUCUGAGGUGUUCAGAACGGACCUGAUCACUGCCAUGAAGUUACAUGACUCCUUCCAGCUGAACCCUGAUGAAUACUAUGUGCUGGCAGACCCCUGGAGGCAGGAGUGGGAAAAGGGAGUUCAGGUGCCAGUUAGCCCAGGGACCAUCCCAGAACCAGUAGCCAGGUAUACUGUCACGUUUACGCGCCCCAGGAAGUACAUUGUUUCGUCAGGUUCGGAGCCUCCAGAGCUGGGCUAUGUUGACAUUCGAACCUUAGCAGACAGCGUGUGUCGCUACGAUCUCAAUGAUGUGGACGUAGCAUGGUUGCAACUUGCCAACGAAGAAUUCAAAGAAAUGGGGAUGCCUGAGCUGGAUGAGUACACGAUGGAGAGGGUCAUAGAGGAGUUUGAACAACGAUGCUAUGAUAACAUGAAUCAUGCUAUUGAGACGGAAGAAGGACUUGGGAUUGAAUAUGAUGAAGAUGUUGUCUGCGACGUCUGUCAGUCUCCAGAUGGAGAAGAUGGCAACGAAAUGGUGUUUUGUGACAAAUGCAAUAUUUGCGUACACCAGGCAUGUUACGGGAUCCUGAAAGUGCCGGAAGGCAGCUGGCUGUGCAGGACCUGCGCACUUGGCGUUCAGCCCAAGUGUUUGCUGUGUCCCAAGAAGGGUGGUGCCAUGAAGCCGACCCGGAGUGGCACCAAGUGGGUCCACGUUAGCUGUGCUCUGUGGAUUCCAGAGGUGAGCAUUGGAAGCCCAGAAAAAAUGGAGCCCAUUACAAAGGUUUCUCACAUUCCCAGCAGUAGAUGGGCACUGGUGUGCAGCCUUUGUAAUGAAAAAGUUGGAGCAUCUAUACAGUGUUCAGUGAAGAACUGCAGAACAGCCUUUCAUGUCACCUGUGCAUUUGACCGUGGCUUGGAGAUGAAGACCAUACUGGCAGAGAACGAUGAGGUGAAAUUUAAGUCAUACUGUCCCAAGCACAGCUCCACCAAGAAAGCAGAUGAUGAGACUUUCAGUGAAAGCCCAGGUCAGGAGAAUGGGAAUGGGAUUCAGGACAGCUCUCUUCCUGCCCACAUCGAGCCUUUCCACAGCAUGGAUCAAAACCAGGAAGAGGCCCACAGAGUCAGCCUUCGCAAGCAAAAGCUCCAGCAGCUGGAGGAUGAGUUCUACACAUUUGUUGAGUCUUUGGAAGUGGCUAAAGUGCUGCGGCUGCCCGAGGAGCCAGUGGGAUUCCUUUACCAGUACUGGAAGCUGAAGAGAAAAGCCAACUUCAAUAAACCUUUGAUUACCCCAAAGAAGGAUGAAGAGGACAAUCUGGCUAAACGGGAACAGGAUGUUCUGUUCAGAAGACUGCAGCUCUUCACACACCUCCGGCAGGAUCUAGAGCGGGUGCGUAAUCUCACUUACAUGGUGACCCGAAGGGAAAAAAUCAAGAGAUCUGUUUGCAAAGUUCAAGAACAGAUAUUUAAUAUCUACGCAAAGCAGCUGGAACAAGACAGAGUUUCAGGUGUGCCUUCCUCAUUCUCCUCAAUGGAAAACACGGUGUUGUUCAAUAGUCCAUCCGUGGGCCCCAAUGCCCCUAAGAUAGAGGAUUUGAAAUGGCAUUCUGCAUUCUUCAGGAAACAAAUGGGCACAUCUCUAACCCACUCUUUGAAAAAAUCACACAGGAGAGACAGAGUAAGAAACAGCUCUGGGAGUGACAGCAAAUCCAUGCUGAGGCAGCCCAGCCAAAGGGAAGGCGGUGCAGCUGCAGGUAGCUUUUUAAAUUUUAACAAGACCUUUGCAGAAACACGGAUUGUAUCAGCACAGCAGAAAAAUGGCAUAGUUAUACCGGACCACAGAAAAAGAAGAGACAAUCGUCCACAGUGCGAGGUGAUCAAGGCAGAACUAAAGGAAAAGACUUCUAAACACAACCACAAACCAUUGAGACCCACAGAACUCUCCCAGAGGCAAUCAGAAAAUAAAAGGGCUGUGAACCACUCCAGUGGUAGGUCAGCACCUGGCACACGGAGGGAUAUAGUGCCUAAAUGCAAUGGGGGUCUUGUCAAAGUAAACUCUAAUCAGACAGUAGUUAAAGUGCCUACGACGCCCACGAGCCCAGUGAAAAACUGGGGCGGAUUCCGAAUUCCAAAGAAGGGGGAGAGGCAACAGCAGGGUGAGAGCCUGGAGGAGACCUGCCGCCAGAACGCCAGCUACCCCUACCUGGGCGUGGGCAGAGUUUCACCGAAGGACAGGGCAAAAAGCAAGCUAAAGCCUGACAGCGAGAACGAUGGGUACAUCCCUGAUGCCGAAAUGAGUGACUCAGAGACUGAAGUGGCUGGAAAAAAGUGCAGGCAGCAGAGGCUCAGUCCAAACAGCACUAUCAGCAGAAGGACGGACAUUAUUAGGAGAAGCAUCCUGGCAUCCUGACGGGAUGCAGGGACACGGUGUCAGCACCGUGGUCAGUAGAGUCACUGCCUACAAGCCAACUUCACAUUAUUUAUUGGUGUGAGAGAGAAGAGUUCUUAGACAAGGCUACAGACUGACAAAUUGAUAACCCAUUAUUCCUGAGCUGUAUAAACAUGUUUACAUGCACUUAAAAAGCUGGGGUUUUUUUUGCCCCCCCUGCCCCCCAAUUCUGUGAGAAGUUUGAAU